AUGCUAGGCCGGUCUCAACUCUUUUCUUUGGUCUGGUCUUCCAGUCUGGGAUGUGGAGCCUGCUACCAACCAAAGCGAAGAUUUGCGGCUCAGACCAUCAAAUCUUCAGACCCCAGGCACAUAGGCCAAGCAGUUCCCCAGCACUUUAAUUUUGCAAAAGAUGUGCUGGACCAAUGGUCCCAACUGGAAAAGGAUGGACUCAGGGGACCUCACCCUGCCCUUUGGGAGGUUAAUGCCAAAGGAGAAGAGGAGAAAUGGAGUUUUGAAAGGAUGGCUCAUCUCUCCCAGAAGGCAGCCAGCGUCCUCGCAGACACCUGUGCCCUUGGCCAUGGAGACCGGCUGAUGAUCAUCCUGCCACCAUCACCCGAAACCUGCUGGAUCUGCCUGGCCUGUGUGCGACUAGGAAUCACCUUUGUGCCUGGGACCCCCCAGAUGACGGCCAAGGAUAUUCUCUAUCGAUUAUGCAUGUCUAAGGCCCAGUGCAUAGUAGUCAAUGAGGCUAUGGCCCCCAUCGUGGACUCUGUCCUGUCCAACUGCCCCACCUUGAAGACCAGGCUCCUGGUGUCAACUAAGAGCUAUGAUGGGUGGUUGGAUUUCAAUGAGCUGAUUCGAAUUGCUCCUCCCAAGCAGACCUGUGUGGGGACCAAGAGUCAAGAUCCAAUGGCCAUAUUCUUCACCAACAGGACAACGGGAGCUCCCAAGUUGGUCGAGUAUUCCCAGUAUGGUUUGGGAAUGGGAUGUAGCCAGGCUUCAAGACGGUGGAUGGACCUCCAGCCGACAGAUGUCUUGUGGAGUCUGGGUGAUGCCUUUGGUGGAACUUUAUCUUUGAGCACUGUCUUGGGAGCUUGGCUCCAAGGAGCCUGUGUGUUUCUGCAUCACAUGCCAACAUUCUGUGCUGAGACUGUUCUAAAUGCCCUGUCCAGGUUUCCGAUCACCACUCUCUGUGGGAAUCCAGGGAUGUACCAGGAGCUGCUUCACCACAAUUGUUUCAUCAGAUACAGAUUCAAGAUUCUGAAGCAUUGUGUGGCUGCAGGAGGAUCUAUCAGCACUGGAGUGACUGAGGAAUGGAAACGCAUCACUAAGUUGGACAUCUAUGAAGGCUAUGGGCAGACUGAGACUGGUCUACUCUGUGCCACUUCCAAAAGAAUGAAAUUGAAACCAGGUUCUGUGGGGAAGCCAUUGCCACUUUAUAUUGUCCAGAUUGUGGAUGAAAAUGCAAAUAUCCUGCCUCUAGGGGAGGAAGGAAAUAUUGCAGUCCAUAUAAAACGAAACCAACCUGCCUCUCUGUACUGUCCACACAUGGUGGGCUGGAAGGAAUAUGCUUCAGCAAGAGGCCACAUGCUUUACCUCACAGGGGACAGAGGAAUCAUGGAUGAAGAUGGCUACUUCUGGUUGUCUGGUAGAACUGAUGGUGUCAUCAGUACAUCAGGGUCAGAGGUUAUAAACGCUGUGGUUACUACUACUAGGCCUGGGGGCUGUGGGAGUCUAUAG